AUGGAUAAUAUGAACGAUCGCCGAGAUGAGCAGUCUUCCAUCGAUGAGGAUACUGAAAAAUACAGCGAAGAUCAAACUGCUGAACAACCCGAUCAAAAUAAAACAUCAGUUACAGAAAAAGAAGCCGAUUUACAAUCAGCCAUUAUUUCUGAUGAAAUACAAAGCGUGAAUCUAGCGGAUAACGACGUUGGUGAUGAGUACAUAGUGUCUACAGUAAUUGAUGUGAUAACACGGGCCGGUGAUUGCGAGAUUUCACAAAUUAUUGAAUUCAUCGGAGAUGUUCCCAUAAUUUCUGAAGUGGUUCGACCUGUUGCUACUACCACUGAAACGCGAACAGACAAAGUAUCGAUCAAAGUCACGACUCGCAAGCGAAAAAACAUUUGUGAAUCCGAUGCCUAUUUUAUUAUUCUUUAG